AUGCGGUCAUCCGUUAGGAUUCUGGCCGCACCCCUGGAGCAUCCCAGUGGAAUGACGGUUGGUCACUACUCCCAGACCCCCACAGCAUUCAUCCCACAAAACGCCCCAGAAAGAAAUCUAACUACACCAUCAAAAGCAUCACCAUCACCAGCGCCCACAUCUUUAUCUAUAACAAUUUCGGAUAUCAUCACGGAAUCAGCCACCACCAAGCAACUGAAGACCACUGUGACGGCCACAUCCUCCACAACCACGGUCAUGACAGCUACUAGUUUUCCUCCAAGAGACCAGCCAACACGCACUGAACCACAAACAACCACCCAGCAGACGCCAGCAUCAUCAACAUGCCCAUCUUCGUCAACAUCACUCAGGUCACCAACACCUAUAUCCUUGGACGACAAGACACACACAUCAUCCACACACGACUCAGGCAACUGCGCCGCUGAAUCACCAUAUAAGAAUCCAGAAUCAUCUGACUCGAGAAUCCCUCUGACCUCAGCCACACCCUCAUACGAACCCGAGCCCGCCCAAACAUCACCUUAUUCACCACAUUCACUUAUAACCCAACCAUGA